CUCAUUCAAUAGCGUUAGUUUGUAUCAAACAGCGCGGAUGACAUAAGUAAUGCGGUGCUAUCAUUUAUCCAAACGAAGACAGGGUGUUAAUAGUUUCUUAAGUAGACAGGGUCUAGUCGGACUAGUUGCUUAUGCGUGUCUCUCCGUAGAAGAAGAUUCAAAAAAUCCUAUUGCGAUCAACAUUCUUAUCGAUAUGACUGGGAACAGGAUCAUACCAGCAGCUAGUUUCUAGAUGUAUACGAUCCUCACAAAAGUAAGUCAUUCCGGUUAUAUUCUCCUUCACAACAUCAACAUCAUCGCCAUAAUAAAUAUGAAUUAGUCACAUUUUUAUUUCACGCAGUUUCUUGUGCGAUCAAAAAAACUGUCUUCUAUGAAACUACUUAAUUUACUUCUAGUACUAGAGGAGAUUAGUGUGUCCAUCACGUGGUAGAGAGGACUUGUUCGAACGACGAAAAAAGUUGACGCGCUCGUCGUCAUCCAAGGUUUUUGUCUCUUGUUGUUGUUGGUAGUCUGAUUUUUGGCAUCGAUUUUUGUUGUUUGUUGAAUCUAUCAUCUUUCUACUACUCUGCUGCAGUUCGACGUUGGUUCCGUUGGAUCAGAGUGAUCAAGAAAAUGCCGUCGGUGCGGAAUACCAAAGCCAGUGAGGAGGCACGGCGUUCCGUGACCUCUUGCAGCAAGGCUAACGAGGCAUGCUCGAAGAAUCUAACAACUAAAAACGCCUUCGAGAAAGACGCAAACAAUGCGGUAGAUGACCAAGCAGACGGAGAGACAUCACCGAAGCUUAUGCAUGGGUUCCCAGAUUACAUCCUUCACUAACAUCCCUGACUCUUUUUCCAGUAUGAAAGGUCUCAGGGAUGUUCUGAAAAAUGCAAUGGCGGAACCUCUAAGAAACAAGAACAAGGCAGUCUCAACGUCGCCAUUUACGCCUUGGCGUUUGUUUCAUUCACCCAGCUACUCGGAUACAAUUUCUUGCUCAUCUUCAUCUUGCCGAUGGCGAAGGUACCCCGGCGGACCCUUUCUAAUAUUUCAUCUAGUUUACAAUCUGAGUCCUUUUUUCUCUUGUUCUCAGGCGCCACCCUGCCUGAUCGUCUUCACCCUCCCACCAUACUCAAUUUCAUUACCCCCGUUAAGACGUCGAGUUGUAUCUACAAUCUUCUAUGAACAAGAUGUUCUUCCUUCAUUCUGCGCGCGACGAGAACCUUUCGUCCUCUAUGAUAGAAUAGUGGUCAACGAGAUGAACUGCUACAGAGAGCAGUUUCCCUUAUCUUCAAAAAUAUCAACAGCACUUCGGGCCUAUUUUGGGUACGAGUUUUGAGGAUAUCAUGCUGUGGCCAUACGCAAUUAUGAACGUUGUCUGUGGUCUCCUAUACUCUUUCGUCAUGGAUAAGCGGAAGAUCAGCUGGGUUCGAACUGCCGGGGAUGCAGAAAACGCACAUACCGCGUCAUUAUGACGACUUGUUCUAUACCUAUUUCUAUUUAUUUAAUAAUUGAAAUUAGUCGUUCUACUACUUGCUAUUACUAGUACUUUCUUAGUAUCAUCAUGUGGUGAAGCCUUCAAAUAAUCCAUUUUAAUGUAUUCAGAAAAUGUAAAUGAAGAUAAGAAUCCAUCACUGCUCUAAUUCUCUAUGAAAAGAGCAAGCCUCACGGCUUUUUCGGAUGGUUUUCGUUCCCGAAGAGAUGGGUGCUUUGUUGUCUCUGCAUGGUCAGCGUGUAUCUUCCAUGCUUCACGUUGGCGAUCAUAUACAAGGUCAAGGGCCUGGUUGUGUUAGCGAUGGUUCUACUCGGCAUCGGAAACUCAUGGCUGCAGGCGUGUGGAUCUGGUAUCUAUGUUUAUAGAUUUACUGUUGUACUAGCAGUAGAUAUAGAGUAGGGAGGGGGUCCUUCUCUCUGGUUGUGGGUUUAUUUGCUGAACCGGUACCCCAUAGCGAAUACACCUGUCGUGCACGCAACCAGAGAGCUGAGCACUCACCGGAGGCGUUGCGCAGGGCUCCGGCCUGCCUUUGAAAGUGAGACCUAUGGGGCUGAGUGACAGGACGACGAUAGCGCCGGCGCUUAAUUAGUUUUAGUAGUUAGCAGGAUGCUGCAGGAUACUUGUUGAUAUUUACCAUUUUCUCUUUUCUAUCUUCCUCUGGUCUGUCUUUUUUCUAGUUAGGUCUUCUCCACCACAAUUUAUAGCUUUACUGUACUAGCAGUAAAGCAACACCUUAGCUUGGGACGCCGCGCCCCUGAGCAGGAGAGAGCGGCAUUCUUCUUCGCGCAGAGCUAUGACUUGCAUGCGUUGUCUUUCUGUUUUUCCUGUUGUAUUUUCCUUGCUGUCUCUCCUGCUCAGGUCUCUGCACAUCUUUGAAAAGCGACAAAGCAAUGGCCAUGUGGAGUUUAGGAAACGCAUUGAGUGGGGCACCGGCCGCGAUAUUGAGCAUCCUCAUGGCCUUCGUCAUAAAAGCAGAGCAUGUCAACAAUCUCAUGUUAUGAAAAAAUGCACAUUUAUAAGCACUCUACUUCAUAUUCACGCGUUUAUUUGAGAGUAUGUCCUUGAAGGAUCUCUUCCUUUCCUCUCCAGUAGCAUCUCUAUUUGAAUUUUGAAGACAGUAGGCAAGAAUCACGUAGAAGAAACAAAUGAACACACGAUACUUCUUGUUCUAUUCCAGCACCAGCUCAACAACUUUUCUAAUCUUCGUCGGCAUAUACGUUCUGAACGCGGUUGUGCUCCUCGUGUGCCUUCUGCUUUUGCCCUGCGUUUUUUCCAAGCACCCGAUGCUGAGACAUCAGAUGACGUACGAGUCUGACGGGACGCGGGGUAUAAAACCUCCCUCAAACGAGGUCGCUACGAAGGAUAUCAAAGCCCUGACAGGAGAGCCAGAAGAGGAGCACGAGGACACACAGGCGCUGCUUGAUAGUAAUGCUAAUGCUCGCAACCAAAUCGCUGUAGACGACGAGCAUGCGGACAGCGACAAUAAGAUUAAGGUACAUCAUGAUUUCUCUCGAAGCUUUUCCUGAUCUUGCUCAACAAGAACAGGAUCAUGGGAGUUGACAUUGGAACAACUCUUUCACAUACAUUUUCAAUGGGAAACUUACUUAUAAGUAACCAAGAAAGAGGGCCGAGCAGAUCUCGUUCUUCCGAGAAUAUAGAUAUGUCUAACAAUCAGACGUCGAUUUUGACUAUAUUCGCCGAAGACUGGACUAUGUACACAGGAAUGUUCGUGCUUUUUUUAAGCACCUUCACGGUAUUCCCGGGAAUUCCUGCCAAGAUCGAUGCCUGGGAAGCACGCUUUCCGCUCGCGAGGGAUUACACUCCGGCUGGUGCACCCAAUUUGUCGGACGACGAGAGGGACGCAAUCAAAGGCGCAAACGGGGGCUCCUUCAUACCGGUGGGAAUUUUGUCAUUGCAUUUUUUUUCACGCUGCCUUACUCUUGUUGCACCUCUAAAAAAGGAAACUCGAGAAUGUAGGAUGCAUGCAAGUGGCCAGUUACUUCCCAUCAAUUCUUUUUCCUCCUCGACAUUAGAGUCUACUAGUUGCCUAUAGAGAACUUCGUGCCUACUCAGGAAUUACGCUGCCUGGCGUGCAUACUUUGGCGUGCAUACUAAGUACAAUAAUUUUCGAUGUCUUACAACCUCCAAUUUCACCAGAUUCUGUUUUCCAUGUUUGCGAUUGGAGACAUCGUCGGAAGAUACUUGCCGAAUCUGUAUUCGCCACCGCGACAGCUGUUCUUUCCACUGGCGCUCCUCCGAUUCGUGGUUUUCGAUACCUUGAUUGUUCUGCAGACGGUCUACCAUUACCACUGGGCUAUCACCUUCGUGGUCAUGUUCCUGCUUGGCGCAUCCCUCGGCUAUCUCGCCACGCAGUGUUUCAUUCUUAUGGCUUUGUUUCGAAGUACUAUCUUAGUAUAGUUUAGUGACUACUAUCUUAGUUUAGCGACGCUCUCUAAGUACUAUCUUAGUAUGCUGUUGCUGGGGAUCUUUUUGAGAUCACUCGCUCGUAACAAGCUCUUUCGCCAAAAAUGAGAUCACUCGCUCUUCACAAUAGAAGCUUUUUGAGCAUUUUUAACAAAGUAUGUCGCUCGUCUCUUCAGAGGUGUCCCUCACCACAGAAGAACACACACGAAGAAGAAGUAGAGAAAAACCUCAUCCCCAACAUCUAUUUCUACUUAGAGGACUUACGAAAAGACAACAACUGCUUCAACUUCUUCUACCAACUUCUAACUCAAAAGCCGGGUCCCGCAUUGAGAAGGUGGCAGAUAGAGCGCUUGUGGGUCCUCUACUCGGGAAUGCGCUUACAUGCGGAAUUCUAGCGGGGUGCACCUUUCAUGUCGCAGUUUGCCAGGGCGUGGACAAGGCUCUCUCAUGAACCAAACCGCCGCGUUGAGAGGUGUGCGGGUGUGCGUGGUCCAGGUGGACAAUGAGAACGAUCUUUAUGUGGCUGCCUUGAUAUGUGUGGACAACAAACUUGGCAGUACUAGACUGGGGUAGUUUCUAGUAGUUGCAGCAGUGAACAAAUGUAAAUGAAGGUAAGUACGUAAUGAAGAAAAACUCCUGUGCCUUUUCUCUAAAGCGGCGAUUGUGGAAACAAAGGAGGCCAAAAUAAUUAUAUCGUGAUGUAUCCUCUUCAUCAUGCUCUUACAACGUUGAUUCUAUGUUACUACUUUUUUAAGUUGCCAUGACAUGAAAGAUCAAUCUAUCAGUUUUGUUAACCUCAAUAUUACCCAUGUGCAUAGAGUUUACUCAUUCUAUCAUCCAUGCAUUCCCUUGUCUGCCAUAAAAAUCAUACUCAUCUAUAGAGCAACGUACUAAAGCCCUGAUGACCAGCAUGGUGUUACGAAGUUAUGCCUUGCUUCAUACUCAUCAUGCUGAUCUUCAUGAGAGUGUAGAAGAAUCAGAUGCGAGCCGCUGACCUUGGAUCCAUGAUAUGUAGUUGAAAACUGAAGAAGAGAGAAACUUCAUCGAUCCGAGAGAGAUGUAACUUCUUUGGGCUUCAUCAACAUGUAUCUAAAUAGUGUGGACUUUGCUCAGGUCCUACUUGUUUCCUCCUUCUAUAUUUUUGAAAGUGUGGACACCUAUUGUCUCAAGUACCCUCCUUCUGUGUACUAAAACAACUGCUCACUAACUAUCACACGUACUACCAUCCUUCUGUCGUGUACUAGAAGAAGUGGGUGGACUGGUGACACUACUGCUCCUACUGGCAAAGUACUAGAGAAUAUAGAAGAUGAAUCAAAAUUUACUAAAGCUGCUGCUGGCGACUCAAGAAGCAGUUAUGUUCCUUGAUUUCGAGACGCAGAAUCCUUUCUGAGGUUCGCGCUCAGUCCCUCUAUCUUUCAAGUUCUAAAACCAAAGAAGCAGGCUUUUAAACCUUUACGAAGAUAGAGAAUUCGUCUCAAGUAUUGUACACUCUACGCCUUGUUGUGAGUGUCUAGUACAAUCUAUAAAGUAGAGCACUCUUAAUGUCUAAGGUAUUGGCUGUUCGUUGCUAUUGUCGUUUUGACUUCGAUUCAUAGGUGGGAGAAAAGUCAGGUAUAUUAGUGAUAUUAGUGAUCUUUAAAAAAUGUGCAGGAUCUUGAUAGCAGCGAGCGUUCGCAGCAAUAGCACGAUCAUGCGUCAGCGUUAAAGUGAUGAAGUUUGUAGAUGAAGGCAUGCCCCCGAAGACAUUGCGGCUCACAGAUUCCUCUACAGGCUAGGCCCGUAGUGUCGUCCCUUUCCUUGUGAUUUCUUGCUUCCUCGUGUUGCUUUGGUGAUAUUUUCCCGGCCCGCCCUUUGCCCUGGUCUCGUUGCGCCGCUUCCUUGCGUCGUGGCCAGCGAGAUAUGCGCCCACCACCGCAACGGAGAGCCCGCCCGGAGAACUUCAAGACUCUAGUAACUUGCAGUAAUAAUCCUAGCCGGCCAAGGAGGCAAUUGCAAUGUUGUAGAAGGCCUUCAUCCUAGCGAAAACAGGGGCGUAGCGUGACUGAAUGGGAAUGAGCCGAAGAGGCAUUGUAGUUGUAGGUUGUAAUUUACUUCGCAUGCGCAUUGCUCUUCCUCUUCAAUGACCAGCAAUAAACAAAAACACGACGCGCAUAGAAACUUAAUGAGAUUCGCUGAGUUCUUCGUAUCAAUGUGCGUGUGUAACUCCUUGUAAUAUCUAUCCCUCGCAUCGGAUGAAAUAAACACAAAAAGAGGGGCGAAUCAAAAAUGUAUCUAACAUGAUCUGAAAUCUAGCAUCGUUUUUGUUGAACGACAUACACCAUAAAUUGAAUGGCCCAAACAUCACAGGUAAGAGAACAUCAUCAGAAUGUGAGACUUAUCAAGCAGGCAUUCAAAAUUUUGGCGGAGUCAUGAAUCCUAGAUUUAUAUUUUUGAGUAUACAAAUAUUAUCUCUGGUCUUCAAACAAGAAAGAAAAGGUGCCUGUCUCUGAAGGCAACUACACUCGUCGUGCAUAUAAACAUGUUUCUGUUUUUCUUAUCUUCCCUCAACUCAGUGAAGUGCUCACUACUUUCUAAAAACUGAAACAGCUCGUCGAACAGUUUGUUGUGUUUGUCUCAAUGGGGA